GAGAUUUUUAAAAAAUAAAACACGUCGCAAAACUUUUGAUUUAAAUUAACUUUAUUAAUAUUUUAAAUAAUAUCCUUUCUUGACUAUACUUUAUAGUUUGACUUAAAGCAUUCAAGCCUUUCCAGCUCAAUAAAUAAGAUGACGAAUUUCCCAGCGCUUUCUCGGAAGUUAUUAUCAAUUUUGGCCGCUUUAUUUCUAUUGGCCCUCCUAACAAACUCGAUUCCAAUUGAUGAUUCUACUUUCAUUAACAAAACUUCGGGUACAAAUAAUACGGGAAUCGAUGAUGAAUUAUUUAUUGUUCCAACCUACCUACGCGAAGGUGCUAAUAGCAAAACAAAUAAGGCGGAAAAUCAGGAUACUGAUAAAAAUAAAGGUGUUAGCGAACUUGACUCAGACUUCGAAAAGGAACAAUAUUUGCCCUCUUCAUCUAAUACUGAAAAAGAUCGAUAUGAUGGCGAAGUAUAUUCACAUGACGAAAUACCUGAUAUAGGCGAGAUUUUAAGGAGCAAAUAUUAUGAUCACCCCUACAUGAAAGAUAUCGGAAAAAAGGUUCAUACAUUAAAAAAUCCUCAUUUCAUUUCCAAGAAGAAAAUGAAUCCUGGCAUAUACUACACUUUCAAUAAAGAAGAUAAUGACAAUAGCAAAUCUCUUAAUGACUAUGGAAAAGUGGAACAUGUUCAAGCUACAAUCAAAGAUUUUAUGGAUCCGCAAAUAACUAGCGACAAUAGUGAUGAUAUUGAUUUCCUACCUUUUAUUCCGAUCAACGAUAAAGAAGAGAUUACGGAGGAUUACAGGGAUUUGUACGAAAGAGAAAAUAAGAUUUAUUAUAAAUUAAAGGAAUCCAAGUCAGCCCCUCUUCACACAUUUGAUAGGAAAUUCGAUGACGAAGAAGCUUCGACAACUCCAGAGACUCAAGAAGAGAGUAGCUCAGAGUCAUCUACAACCCAAGAAUCUAGCUCGGAAGAAAAUACUGAAUCAUCUGACUCAAGUGAGGUAACUACUACAAAAUCUGGUGAUCAUGAGGACAAUGAUAAUACAAAGUCAGAAGUCGCUUCUUAUUCUACUAACUCGCCCGAAGACUUAACCUCAACCGAAGACACUGAUAAUAACGAUAAAAAGACUAGGGAAGAAGAGGAAAAUGAAGAAGAUGAGACCACAGAGCCUACCAUACCCAUAUCCUCAACAUCCACGAUAGAUUAUAAUCGUAUUCCAGCUUCUUUCAACGACAACCAAACAAAAAAUAAACGCAAAGCGGUACAGAAAAAAAGUGGAUAAAUUUAUCGAUAAUAAGUAAUUCUAACUAUCAAUACAAACUCCUAGAACUAUAUAUCCUUUGAAACAAAUUUUAACAAAUAAAUAAUUCUUAUUAAUAACAAUUUUAUAUAUAAUUAGCUAUAUAAUAUAUAUAUAUUUGUCAAAGUCGGAUAUCAUAUGACAUGGUAGUCAUUUAAAAGAUCGCUAAUAUUUAAUAAU